AUGGGCCCCACCCUCAUACCAUCCGCGAGACCCGCACCCUCAGCGAUCCAGUAUGGACAGACGUUGAGGGCACUGCCAACGAGACUUCCUUUCGAUCUCGGAUUGAUGGCGCCGCCGCCACAGGAAUGGUCCACACGCCAGUUGCAGACUACAGCUAUUGGGGGCCACGGUCACGCGACCAGACCGUGCUGCCUUCGAUGUGCAAUGUACGGUCAAGCCCAAGGAUACAUGUGGGUUUCUUUGUUUCAAGGUCCAGAAAAUACCUGCACCCACGACGACUACAUCCUGCGUUUCCCCAGUCAAUUCGACAGUUACAAAAAUACUUCCUCGGGCUACGAAGACGGUUACCGACACCGCUACCACUAUUAUAAAGAGCGUGACAGCUCCAACUACGAAUGCCAAUCCUACCACUUCGGCACCUCUUACUCUCUCAUCGCCCGCGCAAAAGCCCUCACUAGCACCCUCUUCUACCAAGCCGCGCGGCCAUCCGUCAGUACACUCGGUCGUACAGUACUGCAGUACGUCAAAUUUAGUACUGGUAGAAUAGAAGUGCCUGCGCGGCCGCAGGAGGCUCAGAGGGCUCAGAGGGGCGCAGGGGACGCAGAGGUACAGGGCACCGUACAACCUCAAAACUACUCCGUUACAUGCGGAUGGCUACGCUGCUACCAAGCCACGCUCUUCCACUCACUCAGCCCAUACAUCCCCGCGGUCAUCCAGGUCCUCUUUGGCACAAGCCGUGCAGACCUCGGCGCCACUUUUUACCACUCCUACUACUGUGAGAAACAAGAUCAAGCUAAGAUCGAGCUCGCCAUUUGCGAGCACCAGAAUGAGCAGGAUGAGCAGGGUGAGCAGGAAUACUUCCAGGAUGGCCAGCAGGAUAACCAUGAAGAACAAGACAAAGACAAGGUCAUGACGGAUGCUGAAUCCAUCUUCGAGCAGCAACCUUUCACUCCUCAGCAGUCCCCAAUCCGACCACCGAACUUAACUCUCUUAGAAGCAGCUAGUUAUGGCUUCAACCACGAGUCAUUCUCCAGCUCCUCGGAAGAGGAUAGGCCCUCAUACCCUCCCUCUCUUCCGGCAUUCACUCCUCUCCACCCCCACCACCCAACAGCCACCAAGCUGUCAUCGCCCUUUGGCUUGCAGCGGCCAAACCAGAUGGCAGUCCUGUCUAGUUACGCUGAGACUAGCAAGGGUCUCUCGCUAACCUUGGAGGGUGGCUCACUGCUGUUUGCUAACAGCAGUUCGUUGACCCGGUACCGGGUCAAUGAGACGCGACAUCUGUGCGAAUAUAUGCAGACCCCGCGUGCUCGCGGCCAGAGCCCGGCGGUCAAGGUGUUUGAGAAGCGGGUCGAGGCGGAGUUGGAGGUAGAAGUAGAGAAGAUUAUGCAGCAGGAGCUGCUGAAUGAUGGGCUCCGUGUGGCGGCGAUAGCUGAGGUAACAAGGAGGAGUCCUCGCCAGAGGGCGGUUAAGUGGGAGAAGUAA